AUAUAAAUCUGAUGCGGCGAAUCCAAACCGCAAACGCUCGCGAGCAGGUGUGUAGAUCUCUGAGGGGAAAAUAAACUAUCGUCGAUUUCAUUCAUUCUUUUUUAAUUCCUUCGCCAUGUUGUGGACGGUUUGUAAGGUCGUCAGGAAAUUCUCCACGUCCUCCACUCACUACCAGAAUAAGCUGAAGCUCGCGCUCAUUGGUCAGAGCUUGUUUGGACAGGAAGUGUACACCAGCCUCCGGAAGCAGGGUCAUAAAGUGGUGGGUGUGUUUACUGUCCCGGAUAAGGAUGGCAAGGCAGACCCGCUGGCUGUGGUGGCAGAAAAGGACAGCACGCCGGUAUUCAAAUUCCCACGCUGGCGUGUGAAGGGGAAGCCCAUCUCCGAGGUGGUGGACGCCUACAAGGCCGUGGGUGCGGAACUCAACGUCAUGCCCUUCUGCUCCCAGUUUAUCCCCAUGAACGUGAUCGACCAUCCCCAGCACGGCUCCAUCAUCUACCACCCGUCUCUCCUGCCCAGACACAGAGGAGCUUCAGCCAUUAACUGGACUCUGAUCGAGGGCGAUAAAAAAGCCGGUUUCUCGAUAUUCUGGGCUGAUGAUGGUUUGGACACUGGUCCUAUCCUGCUGCAGAAGGAAUGUCCAGUGGAACCUAAUGACACUGUGGACACACUGUACAACCGUUUCCUCUUUCCGGAGGGAAUCAAAGCCAUGGUGGAAGCAGUGCAGCUUAUUGCAGACGGGAAAGCUCCCAGGAUUCCACAGCCCGAGGAGGGAGCGAGCUACGAAGGCAUCCAGAAGAAAUCCAAUGCCAGGGUGAACAUGGCUCAGCCUGCUGAUGUUAUUCAUAACUGGAUUCGUGGCCAUGAUAAAGUUCCUGGAGCCUGGACCCUCAUUAAUGGAGAGCCAGUGACGCUGUACGGAUCAUCGAUGCUCAAUGGUCCAGUUCCUUCAGGUCAGCCCCUGGAGGUAGAAGAUGCGUCUCAGCCCGGCCUCAUCACCAGCUCGGGCCUCGUGCUCUUCGGCAUCGACGGGAAAGCGCUACUGGUGAAAAGUCUGCAGUUUGAGGACGGAAAGAUGAUUCCGGCUGCCAAGUACUUCUCAUCAGGAGAAACGAGCAGUGUGGAGCUCACUGAGGAGGAGAAGAAGAUGGCAGAGGACAUACGGGUGAUCUGGAAGGGCAUUUUGAGUAACGUGGCAGUGAUUGAGGACACGACCGACUUCUUUAAGUCUGGAGCUGCGUCUAUGGAUGUGGUCAGGUUGGUGGAGGAGACCAAGCAGAAGUGUGCAGGUGUCCAGCUGCAGACUGAGGACGUCUACAUGGCUACUACCUUCCAGGACUUCAUCCAGAUGUUUGUCCGGCGUCUGAGAGGAGAAGACCAGGAGGAGGAGCUGGUCAUAGAUUACGCAACGAAAGACAUCAAUAACAUGACGCUGAAGAUUCCACACCAGUGUUUCAUCAAUGGGAAGUUUGAGGAUGCAGAGAACGGAAAGACUUAUAACACCGUCAACCCCACCGAUGGCUCUGUGAUCUGUAAGGUGGCAUUUGCUUCCGUUGCUGAUGUGGACAGAGCCGUGGCUGCAGCUAAAGAGGCGUUUGAGACGGGGCCGUGGGGCAGGAUGAACCCUCGUGACCGGGGCAGACUUCUCUACAAGCUGGCCGAUCUCAUGGAGGAGCAUCAGGAGGAGCUGGCCACCAUUGAGUCCAUCGACUCCGGUGCCGUGUACACGCUCGCCCUCAAGACUCACGUAGGCAUGUCCAUCCAAACCUUCAGAUACUUCGCCGGCUGGUGCGACAAGAUCCACGGCACGACCAUCCCCAUCAACCAGGCUCGACCCAACCGCAACCUGACCUUCACUAAGAAAGAACCUCUCGGAGUGUGUGCCAUAGUGAUUCCAUGGAAUUACCCUCUAAUGAUGCUGGCCUGGAAGAGCGCCGCCUGUCUGGCAGCCGGAAACACCCUGGUUUUAAAGCCUGCGCAGGUGACUCCUCUGACCGCGCUGAAGUUCGCCGAGCUGGCCGUUAAAGCAGGCAUUCCGAAAGGAGUCAUCAACAUCAUACCAGGAUCAGGUGGUAUGGUUGGACAGAGGUUAUCUGAUCACCCUGAUAUCCGUAAGCUGGGCUUUACUGGAUCUACUCCAAUCGGUAAACAAAUUAUGAAAAGCUGUGCAGUCAGUAAUUUGAAGAAGGUCUCCCUGGAGCUGGGUGGCAAAUCCCCUCUCAUUAUCUUCAGCGACUGUGACAUUGACAAGGCUGUGAGGAUGGGUAUGAGCUCGGUGUAUUUCAACAAGGGAGAGAACUGCAUCGCUGCAGGCAGACUGUUUGUCGAAGAGUCCAUUCAUGACGAGUUCAUCCGACGAGUGGUUGAGGAGAUCAAAAAAAUGAAGAUCGGCGAUCCUCUGGAUCGCUCCACAGAUCACGGCCCUCAGAACCACAAGGCCCACCUCGACAAGUUGCUGGAGUACUGCGAGAUCGGCGCGAAGGAAGGCGCCACUCUCGUUUACGGGGGGAAGCAGGUGGACAGACCUGGGUUUUUCAUGGAGCCUACAGUCUUCACGGAUGUCGAGGAUCACAUGUUCAUCGCUAAAGAGGAAUCUUUUGGCCCGGUCAUGGUGGUGUCUAAAUUUAAAGAUGGUGAUGUAGAAGGAGUCUUAAACAGAGCGAAUGACACAGAGUUUGGCCUGGCGUCUGGAGUCUUCACACGAGACAUCAACAAAGCCAUGUAUGUGAGUGAGAAGCUGGAAGCUGGAACCGUGUUUGUCAACACCUACAACAAGACGGACGUGGCGGCGCCUUUCGGAGGAUUCAAGCAGUCCGGCUUCGGGAAAGAUCUGGGAGAAGAAGCUCUUCAUGAGUAUCUGCGGACCAAAGCAGUGACAGUAGAGUACUGAGAGAGAACAUCUGGACUUUGUGCUGGACUUCGGCAGGCAGUCUAUGGGAACGCAGGCCUCAUGCUUCAUCUGCCAUCUUGCUCGGUUUUGAAAAAAAGAAAAGAGAAAACGCACUGCUACAACUCCAAUUUUUGUGCCUACAGUUUUUCAGUUCUCGACAACACCGAGGCAACAUCUGGAUCCAUGAAUCGGUACGGCGUCCGAAGGUGCAGAUUAUGGACACUGCCAGAAUCCGAAGGAGGAUACGCUGCAGUUUUUAUUUAUUUAAUCCGAGAAGGUUUUCCGUCUCUCACAUAAAUCUACACACAGCGCUUUUCCUUUCUUAAUAUAUUCGAAAGCUAUUUUACGUCAUUGGCGCAUUUUAAGAACCGAAUCUUUCUACCUCACGGAGCAUGUAAAUUCAAUUCAAAUAUACUUAUUUUAUUAAGAACGAAACAAAUGAUCCAUCUUUUAUAUUUUUCAACUUUGCAUUCCACACGUCUCGAAUCGGCAAAUGCGAUGUUCUGAAUAAAUAUCGAAGGAUUCUCAUCGUUCUGGACCGAACAGAUAAACAAGACUUUUUUUUUUUUAUCUGGGUUGCCAGAGUGAUGUAAUCCAGCUCAAGGCUGGAAAUCCUCCAGACACCAUUUUAGUUAUUAAACGCACUACUGUAGUCUUAAAGGAAAAAAUCCACCCUGAAUGAAAUCCUUUUUAUCAUCAUUGAAGAAUUUAUUUAGGAUUUUCUGGCUUAAACAUUGCUGCUCUAUUUUCCUACAUUACCCAUCAUGCCAUCUGAAUACUCAUGACGGUGGUGCAUGUGGGAUUAAUGCAGUGCGAUGCAGCGGCACUUUAGUUAAUCUGGUUCUCUCUUCUGUUAAAAGUUCAACCAAUACCACAGUCAACACUAGAAAAUUGAGUGUCUGUCAGUGUUUGAGUUCUGAGGGCUUUGAGUCCAAUCACCAACACCUCCUUUAUAACUACUGCUCUAGAUUUCAUUACAUUCAUAUGUAAAACCCGUGUUAUUUCGAGCGAAACCCAUGUCAUCCCUUACGUUUGAGAAUCUUUAAUUAAGCACCUUAUUGAAAGGUAGAAGACCAGUAAAUUAGCACCAUAAUUACCAUCCCAUUUACCCAAACUGACCUACAACUGUCUCAUUUUAUAUAAAUGCAUUUGAGAGUUAAAGAGUUUGCCCAGCGGUCUAGCCAGGGCAGCUUGGCCACGCUGGGAUUUGAACUCACAACCUGAAGGUAUGCAUUUAAACUACCGAGCUACCACUUCCCGCACGUUUCAGGGUGGCGUUUUUCAUUUAUAGCACUAUAAAAACCUAAUGUUCAUACUACGUACGUACACUGCUUAUAAACUAUCACUCCAACAGUAUUUAUUUAUACCCAUGUGCUACAGUGUGGGACACACCUGAAGAUACCUGAACAUGAAGUAGGCAACUUAUUAACAAAUCAACACUGCCUUCAGUACAAACUGUGCAUGAUGUGAGAAAACACGGUAUUUAUACGAUCAAACAGCUUCUGUACACUGACAGUAUUAUAUCCGUUUUUUUAUCCAUCAAUAAACUGAAUAUGGAUCACG